CGAGGCACGAAGUCCUCUUCUGUACUCUUCCUUCUUCCUUUUCAGUGUCCCUGGGCUCAGGUGGACCGAAAGAUCAGGCUUAAAACGGGGCCGUUUCGACCGCAGGAGGCAUCAGCCAACACGAGAGGCAGAGAGAGCUCGUGGGCUGCGUUUUGAGACUUAACGAAAUGGCAACUUCAUGAAAACCCGUGAAGAUGGACAGUCCGAAAAGGCGUGUUGCUCAUCGGCAGAGAGAUCCAGAAAGCAGCAAAGUAGAAGGUGACUCGGGAAGCCAGUCGGAUGUGUUCGCCAAAGCACACGAAUUCUUUCGGAUCUGCGAUGUGGAAGGGAAGGGGUUUAUUGCUCGCCAGGACAUGCAGAGGCUCCAUGGUGAGUUACCACUUGCUCCUGAAGAGCUGGAGAAAGUAUUUAACACUCUGGAUGCAGAUGGCAAUGGCUCUCUUACUCUAGAAGAAUUCACUACUGGAUUCA